UAUGACAUAAAACCCUUAAAAUUAUAUAUAGGGUUUAUACAAACGGACAUACGUGCUGUAGGAAUUGGGCAAAAGUAUUAUUUGUUGCUAAAAUUGAAGCAAAUUACAGUGUUUGCAAUGGAGACUUCAAUUGAUUCUCUACUUAAUAGUUUCCGGCGAGUUCCUCCGGCUGCCAUUCCGGCAAUGUUCGACUGCAUUCUGUGUUUAACUCCUUCAUCUCCGUCCACUCUCUUCUUCUCGCUUCUCGACGCUUUUCCACAGUCCACUAAGGAAAUUGACUGGAGCGAGAAAUUGGAUCCUGAGCACCGCAACUAUGUUGGUUCGUACGUGAGUGCGUUGUGUUACCUUUUGAAGAAAUCAGGGGACAACAUGGCUGCAGUUCAAUCCUUUAUUUGGAGGAUCUUAAUUACUUUAAUGAAAUUGGCAUAUCUUAAUAAUCGUGAAGCUAUCACCCAGGCCCUAGGUUCAUUCUUUGAUCUUGUUAUUGAAACAAGCAGCUGGGCAGUGGUAGAAGCAACCAUAGUAACAUAUCUUCUACGAGCAAUUGGUUGUUCUAUGGGGAUGCCUCAGAGUGCUGACUUGGCAAUUUGCACAUGGACAGUGGAGCCAGUAGACGCUAAUGAGCAGCUAGCUGACUUUGAGAUAAUUGAAGACCGCAUGCCUUCUCAUCGCAGUUCCUUUCCAUUGCCUUUGUCAUGCCAACUCUUAACCUCUAUACUAGAUGCUGCUCUGCAAUGUAAAGAUGCUCAAAAGAAUACCUCUGCGUUAAUUUUGGAGAGUGGACGCAUUGCAGAAAUAUUUGCUUUAAAUCUGCUUUGGGAUCUCUGUAAUUUAACUGUUACAAUGGUGCUACAGAGUCAGGAGCAUCGUUCUUGUGCAAUUAAAUAUCUUCUUCCUGUCAUGUUCAAGUCAUUUAAUUCACGCUGUGUUUCUGAGAUCACAGUUCGCGGGCAGACUUGCUUGUUAUCCAGGAAGCAAUUUCUUAUAAAAAUAUGGAAUUGUUGCAAGACUCUAUUUUCUUUGGGGUCUUUGGAGAGAAGAGAUGGAUACACUAUUCUCUCCCUGUAUAUAUCUUUUUUCUCUUUUAUAGAACGAUGUGAUAAUGCUGACACAGGGGUAUCACAAGUAUUUGACCUUAGGACAGAGAUGGAAUUCUGGGAUGAAAUCAAGAGAGGCUUGGUGGAUAAAGAAAGCUUAGUGAGGAAGCAGUCAUUGCAUAUUUUAAAGGCGUCAGUACUGAAAAGGGAGAAAAAUCAGCAUCUUUCUGGUGUUUCAGAAAAUCUGUCGAGUGAUAUAACUUCAGCUAUUCAAACGAUGACAAAGAAAGGGCGGUGGGCUGACAAGGAAGCCAAAUCAUUGGGGGUAGGAAUGGUUUGCAGUUCAGCUGAUUCUGGUUCAGAUAGCCAGCAGAAAUGGGAUGCAUUCUUUCUUCUAUAUGAAAUGCUUGAAGAGUAUGGUACCCACUUGGUUGAAGCAGCAUGGAAUCACCAGAUAGCCUUGUUGCUCUGUAUAUCUUCAUCGUAUCUUAGUUCUCCAAAUCCUGGUACUGCAAGGGUUUUACCUGCCAAGAUGGAGACACUGGAAGAAGUAUUUAAUUGGUUAGCUGUGUUAUGGGAUAGAGGCUUCUGUCAUGAUAAUCCUCAAGUACGCUGUCUGAUCAUGGAGUCAUUUUUGGGCAUUGAAUGGAAGAACUCUGGCAAUUGUGCAAAUUUAGUACCUGAAGAUUUUGUACUUGGUCCAUUCAUUCAAGGGCUAAAUGAUCCUGUGCACCAUAAAGAGUUUGGUAUAAAAGGCAUCUAUUCUUCAAAGACAAUUGAAGGCGCUGCCCAAUUUUUAAGUCAAUAUACCAGUCAUCUAAGUUCAAGGCACAAGAUAGCAUUUUUGAACAGUUUAGCAUCUGUUGCAAAGAAAUAUUCUUUUGGGCGAACCGGAUUAAUGAGCCUGGCAGAAUGCAUUGCUUAUGCUGCUUGUGGGGAUCAGACAUGUAAGAGCGACAAAUUUGAACACUCUGGUGAUGACAUCUCUAGGAGCAACCAAACCAGAAAUGCACUUGAUAUUAAAUCUUAUAAUUAUAAAGAAGAGUUGCUGGAUGUUUUAAGAUUUGUUAUGGAGAGCAGCAGACAACAUUUCAAUCCUAAUUACCGGCUUAAAGUUUGUGAGAAAGUUUUGCAUGCUGCUGCAUCCGUGGUUUCUGUGUUUGACGUCUCCCUUGAGUUCCUCCUUCAAUUUAUUUCAAGUCUGCCACAGGACUCUACUAAUUAUGGUGGUCCCUUGAGAGUGAAAGUACAAGAAUGGCUUUGGGCAUAUGAUGAGAACCAAUAUACUUCUGUUGACCAGAUCAAUCGGCAAGUAUUGAAGAGGUUGGAUGAUUUCCCUGCAAAUUUUAUAAAGAACCAUUAUCUAGAGCAUGGCUGUGUAAAUUAUGAUGACGAAGACUUGGAAGUGUGGGAAGUUGAAGCAAAAAGAUGGGCAAGAAUGCUCUUUCUUGUAAUCAAGGAGGAACACCACCUAUACCCCACAUUAAUGUUUAUACAAAAUCAUGGCAGAGACCUUCGCACUCAGACCAAUCACUUGGAAUGGGUACCUGUGAAAUUUCACAUCCUCAUCUUGGCACUAAUAAAUGAAUUUCAAGCGAUGUACAGGAUCACAGCUGAAAGUGGUACCAAUAGGCGAACAGAUCUUUGCUUGAAUGGAAAUGCGGGUGAUCGAAAUUCCGAACAAGCGAUAGAAUUAAUUGAGAAGCUCAUCAAAUCCCUAUUUGGUACAUUGGAGAACCUGAUUUCAUUUGCUCAAUCUUCUUGUUCUAUUCUAUGGUCCCGCGUGGCCAAGGAUGAUACAGACAUGCCGUCUUCCAUAAAAGGAAGGCUUGGAGGUCGAACUCAACGUCGGUUAUCAGUUUCAACCACAACUGUUAUUCUGCAAGCUAUAAUAUCCAUAAAGUCUAUUGCAUCUAUCACAUCAUUUGUUGCCAAGCUUGGAAGUGAAGAUACACUCAACUCAGCUUUUAUGUAUCUCUGGGAACUCUUUUGGAACAUUAUUCAAUCUCCAGAAUGUAAUUCAGAGACUGAAGCAGAAAUUUGUAUAGGAGCAUUUGAGGCAUUAUGUUAUAUCUUGAAAGCAAUUGUAUCUGUCUCGUCUACUCUAUCUUUGGAGUUAGUUAUGGAAAGUUUCAAAAUUUCAUCGCCAAAGUGUCAAGAUGAACCUAUUUUGGAUUAUCUUUUUGAGACUUUUCUUGGAAGCAUCAAUAAUAUUAUUGGAUAUGCAGAAUUGGUUCGGAGUCGGCGAGCAGUUUUGAUGAACUGGAAGUGGAUUUGCCUAGAGUCUUUACUUCAAAUCCCGAACUAUGCUGUUCAAAAAGGAGAUUACUCAAACUUAUCUUGUUCUCUCCUCUCCGAUGCCAUGACCAGACAUAUUUAUGGUGAUCUUGUUGAGAGCCUAGAGAAUGCUGGCGAGGGUUCUGUUCUGCCUAUGCUAAGAUCAGUCAGAUUGCUUUUGCAGCUAUUUUCUAUAGGACGAAUGGGUCAUGUUGUAUCAUCGUGUUCUGGAAUGGAUGCCCAGAUGAUGUGGAACUUGGUUCGUUCUUCUUGGAUAUUACACAGAAGCUGUAACAAGCGAAGGGUUGCACCCAUCGCUGCACUCUUGUCAUCUGUUUUGCAUCAUUCGGUGUUUAAUGACAAGUCCAUGCAUGAAGUUGAUAAUGCAGCAGGACCAUUAAAGUGGCUUGUUGAGAAAAUUCUAGAAGAAGGGGUUCGAAGUCCACGAACUAUACGUCUUGCAGCAUUACAUCUGACAGGCCUUUGGCUCUUAUAUCCCAAUACAAUAAAGUAUUACAUAAAAGAGUUGAAGCUAUUGACGCUUUAUGGAUCUGUUGCUUUUGAUGAGGAUUUUAAAGGCGAGUUGAAUGAAAAUGUUGAUGCUAGAAGUGAAAUAUCACUGUUGGCUGCUAGUCCAGAUCCGGAGCUGACUGAAGUAUUUAUCAAUACGGAGCUUUAUGCACGGGUAUCUGUUGCUGUAUUAUUUAAUAAGCUAGCAGACUUGGCGCAUACAUCGGUAUCAAACCAUGAAUAUGAAAAGGGUUGUGUUGCUCUCGAAGCUGGCAAAUUAUUUUUGUUAGAGCUUCUUGAUUCUGCGGUAAAUGACAAAGAUCUCGGGAAGGAGCUGUACAAAAAACAUAGUGCAAUUCACAGACGCAAAGUCCGUGUGUGGCAGAUGAUAUGCAUACUUUCUCGAUUUGUUGACCAUGAUAUUGUCCAUAAAGUUACAAGUAGUCUGCAUAUUGCCCUCUAUAGAAACAAUAUACCUGGUGUGCGACAGUACAUGGAAACUUUUGCAAUCUUUAUAUAUCUAAAGUUUCCUUUGCUGGUUGGGGAGCAACUGGCCGUGUUGCUUCGCGAUUAUGAUAUGAGGAGUCAAUCACUCUCAUCAUACGUGUUUAUAGCAGCUAAUGUUAUUCUUCAUUCCUCUGAAGCAGUUUGGUAUAAUAACUUGAAUGAAUUGCUUCCUCCUGUGAUUCCAUUGUUAACUUCACAUCACCACACGUUACGUGGUUUUACACAGUUAUUGGUCCACCAAGUCCUUUCCAAAUUUUCAUCUGCCUUGGAUUCUAGUACUGAGACCAUUUCACUUGAGAAAAGGUGCUUUUUGGAUUUGAAAUCUUUCUUAGAGGGUAACAGUGAUUGCACAAAGUUAAGAUCAUCAAUGGAGGGCUAUCUAAGUGAUUUUAAUCCAGAGAUAUCUGCCAGUCCAGUUGGGAUCUUCAGUAAUCGAGUGAGUGAGGUGGAGUUUGAAUGUGUUCCAAAAUCCCUGAUGGAACGAGUUAUUGACUUCCUAAAUAAUGUAAGGGAAGAUCUUAGAUUUUCUAUGGCCAAGGAUGCGGCAGCUCUAAAGAACGAGAAUUUUCAGGUUAAUGGAGGUCCCGAUAACGAUGGAUUUUCAGUAAAUGUAAACAAAGAAGAUUUAGUUACUAAUAUGCGUAAAGACAUGUUGCCUGAUUUCCAAAAAAAAGUGACUUUCUCGAAGAAUGGAUGGGAUGACACUAAUUCCAAUUUUUUGGGUGACGAUGGAACUUAUGAAUCACUUGUCGACAUGGAAAAUGAAGAACAGCUUCUUAAUCAAGUACUGCAAUCAAGAAGCCUGGCUGCGGACAAAUCAAAGUCAGGUCGACAACAAAUUAUCCUAGUGGCAUCCCUACUUGAUCGCAUACCUAACCUUGCUGGAUUAAUGCGGACUUGUGAAGUGUUUAAAGCAUCUGCUUUGGCCAUUGGUGAUGCAAAUGUACUACACGACAAGCAGUUUCAGCUCAUCAGUGUGACGGCAGAAAAGUGGGUUCCCACUAUCGAGGUGCCAACGAGCAGUGUAAAAUUAUUCUUGGAGAAGAAACAGCAAGAGGGGUUUUCUAUACUGGGUCUAGAGCAAACAGCCAACAGCAUACCUCUCGACAAGUUUGUAUUUCCUAAGAAAUCAGUUCUGGUUCUUGGUCGUGAAAAGGAAGGAAUACCUGUGGAAUUAAUUCAUAUAUUGGACGCCUGCAUUGAAAUCCCACAACUAGGGAUUGUCAGAUCACUCAAUGUCCAUGUUAGUGGUGCCAUUGCGCUUUGGGAGUAUACUCGACAACAAAGAUCUUAGUAACUGAUUUUUGACCAUUUCAUAUGAAGGAAUCUGUAUGCAUUUCCACUACAAGAAGCAGACUUUUUUUAAAGUUUAUUGAAUCUGAUCAUAUCACCUGGAAGCUUUGCAUUACAACUUUGGCCUUUGUGGCUGCGAAGUUAGUACCGGUGCUGUUCGUCUUUCUCUUCUUCCCUUUUGAAGGGCUUGUCAGAGACUUGAGAAAGCCUUUCCAGUUCCCCAUACAAGAAGGAGCUUUUUGAUGUUUUCUUUUACUUUGAGCAGCCAUUAUCUGUUACAAUAAAUCGAAGUUACAUAAGUACAACUAUAUAACAUCAUAACUACUGCAAUUCUUGGGUUUGAAGGGAAGGGCUUAAGGAUAUGCACCUGAUUAAUAGGCUGUUGGAUGAUGGAAGAAACCGAGGAUGGCUUGUUCUGAUGGUGAUGCCUAUUAGGUGUAUUAGGUGCAGAAUCGCGUAGGCGUCGGGAGUAGUCUAGAAGGUCUGCUUUCCUAUUGCUGCCACCACCAUGCUUAUGAGAUUGGUGAAGAUGAAGAUGGUGGUGGUGGUGGUGGUGGUGAUGAUGGUGGUUGUUAGAUGCAAGCAGUCCUCUCUUUCUGGGCCUUUCCACAAAAACAGCCACUAAAACACUCUUCUGAUUUUUGCUGCUUGUUACCUGCAUGUAACACAAAACAUUUCAGAAACUUUACCCUUAUAAUCCCAACUCUGAUCAGAUUCCAUCAAGUAAAUAAAAAUCUGUUACCAUCUUGCUCGGCUUUCGGAGAAUAAUAGGGUUGAGCUACCAAUGGAAGCAGUGAUUAUGAGAUGAUGUUGGCUUCUAGUUGUGCAUAUGAAUACAUAAAUGUCGAUAAAUACAAGUGUUCUGAAGACAUGAAUAUUAUGCAGGCUUUGAUCCAAGAGAGUUGCCGGAGGUAUAGUUAUUGAUUUCAUCAGAAUCUGUCCGUUUAUGUAAUGUCCAUAAAGAUACUUCCACAUGUUCAAGUCCAAAUCAAGAAAUCUUUGUUUACAAUUCAGGUGUAUAUAAUUCAUAUGACCCAUUCUUGUUUCGUUAUAA